ACGAGGUGUGGAAACACUCUGAUUGCUCUGCCCGCUUCUUUUUCUGCUUGAGCUCCAUGAUGGAUUUCUGUUCGACUCCUACGUAGCCUGAAAGUGGGAGGGGACUGUCCCUUCUUCCUGCGUUUUCAUUGGUUUUACAGUCCUCUCGGCGGUGAGGGGGGUGCCUCUAAUCAUAUCCAGCAUGUUUUGCACAAGAAAUGUCAGCCAGAAAGGGCUAUCUUCUCCCUUCGCCAAAAUACACUACAAUAAUGUCAUGUUCGGACAGCCCGUCUGGAAACGCAUUUUUAGUGGACUCCCUGAUCAGCGCCCGCACCGAGAGCGGCGGGGGUCACUAUGCCGGGAGUGCGGUUUGCUUACCGCACAGCACCGCAGCAGAAGUGCCUUACGGACUACACAACUAUGGAUACUUCCCAGGUAUGACUAAACGGAGCGAGGUCGGUCCCCAGAAUGUGGUGUCCACCUCAGGUGCAUACAUGUCCAGCAUGGAGAUGUGGAUGGACGCGCAGAGGUCAUGUCGUAUGGACCAAGAGCACUCUGUGGGUCCCCAGAUCUCACCGUGCACGUUCCCGCAGAACAUCAAGGAAGAGAGCACCUACUGCCUGUACGAGCAGCCCAAGUGUCCCAAAGCGUCCACCGCCGAAGACCUCACAUAUUCAAGAUUGACUUCUUCUUGCACAGUCACCGAUGGCGGCGGCGGCGGCGGCGGUGGUGGUGGUGGAGUUGGGGGCGGCGGGGGGUCGGUGCCUGUGCCGGGCUUCUUCCGCUUGUCUCAGACGCACGCACAGUCUCAUAAACUUUACAGCGCCAACAACGGCCCCCAGUCGAACCCUUCCCCUUCCCAUUCUCAUUUCGGCCUGCAGCACCCCGCCGAUCACGCUCGCUUCCACUCGCCGCCACCAACCUCUGCGUCUGUCCCAGCCACGGCGGAGAAGAAGGGGAAGGACGCGGAGGAAGCCACAGACCUGCCGCCUCAAGCUGCGUCGGGCACUGAGGAGGGGCGCGACUCCUCGGACGGCGAAGCCUCCUCUGCGGAGGAAGUGGAGGAGAAUGACAAGGAGAGAGCAGCAAAGGUCAAUAAAGGAGACACAAAAAGCGAAAACACGGCCAACUGGCUGACAGCGAAAAGUGGCCGAAAGAAACGCUGCCCGUACACCAAACACCAGACGCUGGAAUUGGAGAAGGAGUUCCUGUUCAACAUGUACCUGACCCGAGAGCGCCGCCUAGAGAUCAGCAAGAGCGUCCACCUGACGGACAGACAGGUCAAGAUAUGGUUCCAGAACCGCAGGAUGAAGCUUAAGAAAAUGACGCGGGAGAAUAGGAUCCGGGAGCUCACCUCCAACUAUGGAUUUUCAUGAUAAACAACGACUCAAAAAGGGAACAACACGUUUAGAUGAAUUUAUUGACAAGCUAUCCUCCAAAUUCCUCAACUCCAAGCUCAAAGUCUCAUUUCCCUGAGAGAUUCAGCCUUCUCUCGUUGCCCAUCAUCGUAUCUGACCUUCGGAAAAAAAAAAAAAAAAAAGAAAGCAAAAAUAAAAAACAAAAA